AACGAGGAGCGAGCAAAAUACGAGAGUAUGCUUGUGCAACUUUUCACGGGCUGCGACGACGUGUUACAGGGCACCCUUCGAACCGAGUCCACUCUCGCCUUUUGCACAGUUAUAAGCUUCAUUACCAAUGGCGUCACUCGAGGAGCAGCUGCGCAGUCUGCGUAGCUGCAUUUACAACAAACCACCGUACUACAGUGGCACGUUGAAACUUCCCGCGGACGACUUUUUGGUAUUCUACGGGAAAGAUGACAAUGCUCGGUGCGGAAUAUCUGCGCAGAUGGAUCCUCAUUCACUGACGCACUCAUACAAUAGGAGGAUCGAUCUGUCUAGUACAACAGAAGAGGGUGUGAAGCACUUGGCCGAGUCCUGUGACGCUGCGACGUUCGGAAUGAACAAUCGAGAUGUCCUUGACGAGUCGUACAGGAAGGCAGGCAAGCUCGACAGGAAGCAUUUCUCCCCCGUAUUCAACCCAGCGAGUACAGGCCUCCUGAGAGCCAUCGAGACGGAGUUGGUUGAGGCAAAUGAUAAGCUCGAGAGUCCCUCUAUCCGCGCCGAGCUCUACAAACUCAAUGUUUAUGGGCCGGGCUCGUUCUUCAAGGCGCACCAGGACACCCCUCGCACCACGGACAUGUUCGGAUCACUCGUUAUCGUAUAUCCCACUGCCCAUGAAGGAGGCGCUCUGGCACUCCGCCAUGGAGGCAAGGAGUGGACCUUCGACUCGUCGAAGAUCUUCGCACAGCAAGAGGAGCCCUGCCUCGCUUACAUCGCUUUCUUCAGCGACAUCGAGCACGAGGUCCUCGAGGUGCAGUCCGGCUACCGCAUCACAAUCACCUACAACCUCUACCACGUGUCGUCGCAGCCUUCACUGGCAUGUCCCUCCGUGCGUCCGCUCACAUUCGAGCCUGCUCUCAAGGCUGCAAUACGCCGCUUGCUCGACGACCGUACGUUCCUGCCCAACGGUGGCCACCUCGGGUUUUGCCUCACCCACCAGUACCCUGUUGGCAACGAUUGCGAGGUCGGGCGCAAGCCGCUAUCUGAGGUGCCAGCUCUAUUGAGAGGCAGUGACGCCGUGAUAGCCAAAACCCUGGGUGCUCUCAACUUGCGGUAUAAGGUCAGGGUGGUGGUGGAAGAAACCGGCAUAAACACAAAGACCGAGGACGGUGGGACGAUGCCAGUGACCGCGUACGUCAUGUUCAACCAUGUCAUCGACAUAGAGGAUACGUAUGUGGAAGAACAAUUCUUCCAAUAUCUGCGUGAAAUUGGUGGCAAGCUUGUGAAUCCAAUGCCUCCUCUAUAUGCAUAUGACGAGGCGGUGGAGCCCGAUAUCCUUGUGCGCUGGGUGGUGCAUCCGAGCGAUGUAAAGGGCUUCAAAACGCGUUACGUUGCGGCCCAAUGCGACGCUUAUCCGUCGAUGCAAUACACGUAUCUGUGCCUCAUCGUCGCCAUCGGGGACAUUGACAGUAGGUCCGCCGAGUCCCUGGCCGGGACUCAGAGGCGUUUGUAG